AUGGAGGUCUUGCGGAGGGCCCACGAGGCCGCGCUCCGGCUGCUGCUGUGCGGGCCCUGGGCCUCGGGCGCCGCCUCCCGCCCGAAACCCCGCGCCUCCGAGGUGUUGACGCGGCACCUGCUGCAGCGGCGCCUGCCCUACUGGACGUCGUUCUGCGUGCCCUACAGCGCCGUCCGCAACGACCAGUUCGGCCUGUCGCACUUCAACUGGCCGGUGCAGGGAGCCAACUACCACGUCCUGCGCACCGGCUGCUUCCCCUUCAUCAAAUACCACUGCUCCAAGGCCCCCUGGCAGGACCUGGCCCCGCAGGACCGCUUCUUCACGGCGCUCAAGGUCGUCAACCUCGGUAUUCCGACUUUAUUGUAUGGAUUCGGCUCCUGGUUGUUUGCCAGAGUCACAGAGACUGUGCAUACCAGUUAUGGACCAAUAACAAUUUAUUUUCUAAAUAAAGAAGAUGAAGGUGCCAUGUAUUAAAAAAAGUGUGCAUUGGGAAAAUGCAUGUAUCAGUGGAAUUUCUCCUGUGAAAGAUUUAUUUUUGAUUGCUUAAAAUAAAACUUCUGCAAACACCUUUUUCUUUCUA